AGCGGAGGAACCACGGGGGGAGGGAGAGGGGAGAGAUGACGCGAUGCAAAUGAGGAGGGGGCGUGGAUCCCAGGCACCGCCCCCCGCCCGCCGGGGCUGCGGGCUCGUGUUCGGCGGCGGGGACAGUCAAAGUGGCUCCCAUAGGGAGAGACGGCGAGUCCGCCCGGCGCUGCGGGACAGGGAGGGGGCGCGGGCACCGGGAGCCCCGGGGUCUCCCUCGGUCCGUCCGUCCUUCCCGCUCCCUUCCCGGCGUGCGCCCGGCUCCGGCAACUCGCUUCCUGCUCGGCUGAAAGAGGGAGGAGAGAAGCGCUACGGCUGGGAGAGAAGAAAAGAAAGAGGGAGAAAAGAAAGAAAAGAGAGAAGGGAAAAAGAGAAAAAGGGGGGGGGGGAUGAAACUUGCCUCUCUUGUCACUGGAAAAUGACACUUGAUGUAGCGGAGCCCGCCGCAGCUCCCGUUCGUCCUAUUGUUUCUUAAACUGCCAUCCGAGAUUUCUUUUGCUUCUCUUUUUUUUUUUUUUUUCCUGCUACCAUCCGAGGGGUGUCUUCAUACAAAAGGGACUCCGAGUUUUUCUCCUCCGGCUCCUCGAGCGCUGCCGGCACCCGGCACCCCGCAACCCCUCCGAGCACCCAAACAAACCGCACACGCAGCGCCCAGCCGCGCUCCCACCGCCUCUGGAUUUUGUUUGUUUGUUUGUUUGGUCGAAUCUUUUUCUUUUGAUUUUUUUUUCUUUUUGCCUGUGUUUGCUUUCUCUGCCUCGCUUUGAAUCCGGCGAGAGGGAGAGAAUCAAGAAAACACGCACAUAAAAACCAACGACAACAACCAAAAGAACAUUUAACUGCGAUUUCAUCACCGUUAUAUUAUUAUUAUUAUUAUCAUUAUUAUUUUUUCCUGCGUCAAGAAAGAAGAUUUUGCGCUGUUGUUUCUGAUUCAUGUUUGGGAUCCAGGAAAGCAUCCAGCGGAGCGGGAGCAGCAUGAAGGAGGAGCCCCUCGGAGCGGGGAUGAACGCGGUGCGGACGUGGAUGCAGGGAGCGGGCGUCCUGGACGCCAGCACGGCCGCGCAGAGCGGAGUGGGUCUGGCCCGGGCUCACUUCGAGAAGCAGCCUCCUUCCAACCUGAGGAAGUCCAACUUUUUCCACUUCGUCCUGGCUCUGUAUGACCGGCAGGGGCAGCCCGUGGAGAUCGAGCGCACCGCCUUCGUGGGCUUCGUGGAGAAGGAGAAGGAAGCUAACAGCGAAAAGACCAACAACGGGAUCCACUACCGCCUGCAGCUGCUCUACAGCAAUGGGAUCAGGACGGAACAGGAUUUCUACGUUCGUCUCAUCGACUCCAUGACCAAGCAGGCGAUAGUAUAUGAAGGCCAAGACAAGAACCCCGAAAUGUGCCGAGUUCUGCUCACGCAUGAAAUAAUGUGCAGCCGCUGUUGUGACAAGAAAAGCUGUGGCAACAGAAAUGAGACUCCAUCAGAUCCAGUGAUAAUUGACAGGUUCUUCUUGAAAUUUUUUCUCAAAUGUAACCAAAAUUGUCUAAAAAAUGCAGGAAACCCUCGAGACAUGCGACGAUUUCAGGUUGUGGUGUCUACAACAGUCAAUGUCGAUGGCCAUGUGUUGGCAGUGUCGGACAAUAUGUUUGUGCACAACAAUUCCAAGCAUGGGCGGAGAGCUCGAAGACUCGAUCCUUCGGAAGGUACGCCUUCUUAUCUGGAACAUGCAGCUACACCAUGUAUCAAAGCCAUCAGUCCAAGUGAAGGAUGGACUACAGGAGGUGCCACUGUCAUCAUCAUAGGAGACAAUUUCUUUGAUGGGUUACAGGUCAUCUUCGGCACCAUGCUGGUUUGGAGUGAGCUGAUUACUCCUCAUGCCAUCCGUGUACAGACGCCUCCCCGACAUAUCCCAGGGGUUGUAGAAGUCACAUUGUCCUACAAGUCUAAGCAGUUUUGCAAGGGAACGCCUGGAAGAUUCAUUUACACAGCUCUGAAUGAACCCACCAUUGACUAUGGUUUCCAAAGGUUACAGAAGGUUAUCCCCCGGCACCCUGGUGACCCCGAACGCUUGCCAAAGGAAGUAAUACUUAAGAGGGCUGCUGAUUUAGUAGAAGCACUCUACGGUAUGCCACAUAAUAACCAGGAAAUAAUCCUGAAAAGAGCAGCAGACAUCGCAGAAGCACUCUAUAGUGUCCCUCGCAAUCAUAACCAGCUCCCCGCCCUUGCUAACACGUCAGUCCAUGCAGGAAUGAUGGGAGUGAAUUCCUUUAGUGGUCAACUAGCUGUCAACGUAUCUGAAGCCUCACAGGCCACCAAUCAGGGUUUUACUCGCAACUCAAGCAGUGUGUCACCUCACGGCUAUGUGCCAAGCACCACCCCUCAGCAGACAAAUUACAACUCUGUCACAACAAGCAUGAAUGGCUAUGGGAAUGCUGGAAUGUCAAAUUUAGGCGGUUCUCCAACCUUCCUGAAUGGAUCUGCUGCCAAUUCUCCCUAUGCCAUUGUGCCAUCAAGUCCAACAAUGGCCUCCUCCACAAGCCUCCCCUCCAACUGUAGCAGUUCGUCUGGGAUUUUCUCAUUCUCACCAGCCAACAUGGUCUCGGCAGUGAAACAGAAGAGUGCUUUUGCGCCUGUCGUGAGACCGCAAACUUCUCCUCCUCCCACCUGCACCAGCACCAAUGGCAAUAGCCUGCAAGACCAGUCUUUUGUGGACUCUAGCAAGUACUCCACUGCAGGGUCUCUCCAGGGGCUGGCCUUCUCCUGAACUAUAUCUGGCAUGAUUGUUCCCCCCAUGUGAAAGAAUUGCCUUGAAGAAUUUUAUUAAUGAAGAGGUUGAAUUCUGCUUCAGAGAGAAUCUGAUACAAGUCCCAGAGCGGAACUUUUUACUCAGGCCUUUUUAAAAAUAAUAUUAAAAAGAAAAAAAAAAGAAAAAAAAAAGAAAAAGAAAAAAAAAGAAAUAAAGAAGAAUCUUACAAUAACUGCGGAUUUUUAAACAAAAAGAAAAACACACAAAAAAAAAAAACAACCCACAAAGAAAUCACCAUCCUUGCAAACACUGAAAUUAACUAUCUGCAAUUGCAAGGUGUUGAUUCAAGUUGUCCAUCCCAAAUAACUGGGAGAUAUAUUUAUUGUAUGUUGAUUAAAAAAAAUCCACUUUUCUUUUGUUGUUUUUUCUUUUUUUUUUUUCCGUGUUUUUUUUUUUUUCCUUGUUGUUGUUGUUGUUUUGUGGGGGGGGAGUUGGGGGCUUUUUUUUCUUUUAUUUUCCCUUUUUUUUUGUUUUUCAGUGCGUGUUUUUUUAAGGCUUGAUUUAACUCAACAUCAUUUGUCUUUUAUAAAUCAUAUGAUUACGCAAGGGACACUAGAGAUGGAACUCCACGUUGUUAAUUUAUGAAUUAUUAUUGUUUUUUUAAGCUGUGUAAAGAAAAUGAAGUGGUGUCAUUUGCAUACAAGUCUGUAUGGGACAGAAUAGAAGUGCCAGUUAGUUUUUCGUAGAAGAAUUAUGGCCAUUUAAUUAAGGGUCGGCUCAUACAGGUUGCUUAUCCAGUGGUGAUUUGCUCAUGUGAUACAUUUUUAAUGUUCUCAUUAAAUGGAUAUCACUCCCCAGAAAGUGGAUAUUUUUGGACGGUGAGGGCAGGAUGGGGGGUGGGUUUGGAACUUGUCUUUAAUAUCAGGCUCAACAAUCGUGUAAAUAGUGCAACAAGAAAAGACGGUUAAAGCUUAGAAUGCAAAUAACAAACACAUUUCCUCUUGAACUCAAAACCCAGUGCCUCCAGAUACACUGCUGAACUGCAGCAUUAGAUUAGCAUUAUCAUUAGCUUAUAUAUCCGACUCUAUCCCAACGGGUGACCUUCCUGAUGUUCAGUGUCACCUGAGCUGUGCACAGAACGCCAUUCACCUUUUGCACAGCCAUCCCAAGACACAAACCGCGGCCAUCACACGUUGGGCGCUCACAUCGUCCCCCUUCUCCUUCUGUGGGGCAGAAUGAGAAAAGGCUCCUCUGCAGUCCUCCAUCCUCCCCAUCUAAAAGCACACGCUGUUGUCAGCCUCGCACUAGGAUUGUUCCUGUAUCAGUCGACCCUCUCCGUUUGUAUCAUAAAUAUAUAAAGCCACAGGUAACUGCUUCUGAAUAGUAAAAUGGAAACAGGAGUUUGGGGCGGGCAGUGGGGCUGCUGAGGAAUUUCAGAUGAGAACCAUUGCUUCUGUUUUACGAAAGGUUUGCUAUGGUUAUCUGGGAAGUGUUCUUAAAAAACGACUGGUCAGAGAGGCAGCAAAGCUCUGAAAAUGCAUUACCUGAUAUAUUUUUUUUUCUUUGCUGUUGUGUUUUGUAUGUAGUUAUAAAUACUGUAGAUUUUUUGUGAUUUUUUGCCAAAGUUGUUGUUCUAUUUAUACAUUUUAAUGUCUUAAGACAGUUUUUCAAUAUCACAAUAAAGAAUUUUACUGCAUAUUUUGCAAAAAGAGCUCACUACCUUUAGCUUGCACAUACUUGCAAAAUUAAUUAAAGAAAAAAAAAGCUUUUUGUUUCUGUUUUGUUUUUUUUUUGUUGUUGUUGUUCAUUUGUUUUACGGGGGAUUUUGUAAAAUAUCCAUAUAAAUAAUGUAUUUAUCUUGGGAAUUUGUACAUUGCUUUUUUUUUUUUUUUUCCCCCUGCUCCAGUUUAUUUUAUUGUGUAUGUUUGCUAUGUGAAAAGUGAUUCGGUUGGUCAUUCACCGUUGUAUCAGCUGUUUAAAUGUGGUUUUAAAACAUUUCAUUUAUAGGGUUUGGGUUUGUUUGUUUUUGUUUUUUUUUUAGUAUUGUUUAAAACCAUGCUUCCUUUUUUUUUUCUUUUGUUUAAUUUCCACCCAAAAGCCAUCGUCUAUUUUUGUAUUAUUUGUAAGUUAAGAAGUUUUUUCCAAUAUAUGGCAAAAAGUAGCAUAUUAUUCUUGUAGCAUUUAGUUAUGUAGAUUUUAAAAGAAAUGUAUCCUUUGCUUUUGAGGCUUAACAGAAACGAAUGCUGUUUUACUCUAUUAAUAUGCAUGGGAUU